AUGGCCGGGAAGAAGCUGAUCGUGGUGUUCGGGGCCACCGGGGCCCAGGGGGGCGGUGUGGCCCGGGCGCUGCUGGACGAUGGGACCUUCAAGGUGCGCGCCGUGACGCGGAGCCCCGGGAAGAAGGAGGCGGAGGAGCUGAGGCGGAGAGGAGCCGAGGUGGUGAAGGCAGAUCAGGACGAUGAGGCAUCGUUGCAGCGGGCCUUGGCGGGUGCCUACGGAGCCUUUAUUGUCACCAACUUCUGGGAACACUGCAGCAAGGAGAAGGAAAUCGAGCAGGGACAGCGUCUGGCUGACCUGUCCAAGCACCAGGGUCUGCACCACGUCGUGUUCAGUGGCCUGGAGAACGUGCACCAGCUGACAGGGGGCCAGCUGGAGGUGCUGCACUUUGAUGGCAAAGGCGUGGUGGAGGAGUACUUCCAGAAAACUGGGGUUCCCACCACCAUCAUCCGGCUGCCGUUCUACUUUGAGAACUUCCUCUCCAUCUUCAAGCCACAGAAGAGACAGGGAGACUCCUUUGUCCUGGAGCUGCCCAUGGGGGACACCCCAAUGGAUGGGAUGGCUGUGGAGGACCUUGGGCCUGUUGUACUUUGCCUGCUGAAGUCUCCAGGGGAGUACGUUGGCCAAGUGAUAGGACUCAGCACAGGCAAGCUCACCGAGGCAGAGUAUGCUGCCAUCCUCUCCCAGCAGACAGGCAAGACUGUGACAGCCAGCAAGAUCACCCCUGAGGAGUACGAGAAGCAGGACUUCCCUGGGGCCAAGGAGAUGGCUGCCAUGUUCCGUUUCUAUGCCCUGAAGCCAGACCGCAAUGUGGCCCUGACCAUGAAGCUCAACCCCAAGGCCCGCACCUUCCAGCAGUGGGUGGGGGACAACAAGAAUGCCUUCUGA